UCUCUCAUAAAGGAUUCUCAAAUAGUAAUAGACUCCUUUAAGUCUGGCUUUGAACCUCCUGGAGAUUUUCCAUUUGAAGAUUACAGUCAACACAUUUAUAGGACUGUUUCUGAUGGAACAAUUAGUACCCCGAAACAGGAAGGAAUGAAAAUCGAUGCAAAAACCACUGUGGGCAAAGCUAAGGGCAAACUCUGGCUCUUUGGAAAGAAACCAAAGGGUCCUUCCCAAGAAGAUUUCAGUCACUUGCCACCAGAACAAAGGCGGAAAAAACUUCAGCAGCGGAUUGAUGAGCUUAACAGAGAACUACAGAAAGAGACAGAUCAAAAAGAUGCCCUCAUCAAAAUGAAAGAUGUGUAUGAGAAAAAUCCACAAAUGGGCGAUCCAGGAAGUCUUCAGCCAAAAUUAAUGGAAACUAUGAACAACAUGGACCGUCUGCGAAUGGAAAUCCACAAGAAUGAGGCAUGGCUUUCUGAAGUUGAAGGUAAAGUAGCAACAAGAGGAGACCGAAGGCACAGCAGUGACAUCAACCAUCUCGUAACCCAAGGAAGAGAGAGUCCUGAGGGGAGCUACACCGAUGAUGCAAACCAAGAAGUUCGAAGCCCACCCCAACAGCACGGCCCCCAUAAUGAAUUUGAUGACGAGUUUGAAGAUGACGAUCCUUUGCCAGCUAUAGGACAUUGUAAAGCUAUCUACCCGUUUGAUGGUCACAAUGAAGGUACCCUUGCCAUGAAAGAGGGGGAGGUUUUGUAUAUUAUAGAGGAAGACAAAGGGGAUGGAUGGACAAGAGCUCGGAGGCAGAAUGGAGAAGAAGGAUAUGUGCCAUCUACCUACAUAGAUGUAACUCUAGAAAAAAACAGUAAAGGUGCAGUAACCUAUAUCUAAUCUCCAGUUGAUCACCUUGUCCAUGAACAUUGCUUAAUGAAUACUGAAUCACAUAAUUGGAUGGAAAAGUCCAAAACCGUUUAGGAGUCUUUUCAAUAUGUGAUUGACCACAGGAGCCCAAACUUAAGAUUUCAGUUUUGAAACUGGAAAAUGUCUGCGUAUCACUUAGAUUGUUCUCCGUGCCAUCUUUGCUUAAUGUACUUGUAUGUCUUCUUUUUCCCUACACGGUCAGGUCAUAUUUUGUUGGUUUUCGUUGUUUUAAUGUUAUUCUUGUAAAGCUUAUUAUUGCUUCCUUUUAAAAGAGCAUUAUUUGAGAACAAAUUGUUUCGUGAGGGUAUACCAUCUCUGGGCAAUCUAUAUGUAGUAUAUUUUUUUCUUGAACCAGAGCUUGUUCCAGUGUCCAAGCCAAUAACUAAACUUAAUUAAAUGGAAAUGGAAGACCGGCUUUAAUUUUUGUUUUCUGAACAGCAACUCUACUUCUCAUUGCCCUCUGCCCAUUGAUGCCCUGCACACAUUUUAUAAGAACAGUCUGCAGGCGAAUGCAAUGUAAAGUUAUGCAGAAACAAAAGAAAACUUUCACUUGCAAGGACACAUGCCAUUGCCUGCAUGCAAUGGAGCCUAGGGAGUUGCCAUGUGGGCUUACAAACAUUCCUGUUCUGUAAGUACUUUUGCAGCUUUUCCUUUCAAAAUCGAAUCUGAGGUUCUUAAAAAUGAUCCAUGCAGAGGAUUGCAAGUGGUAUAGCAGCCAUUUUAGCUGGCUGAUCGGCUCCUUUUUGCUCUUUCUCGUAUUGAGGAUUUUGCAACCGAAGAGUCCCUGCCUCUCAUGCCAACACUUGACAUGUUUCUCUUGUUAAUUGUCUGUUCAAAAAGUGCAGAAAAGUUAACAACUGCUUCCUGCAGGUCUCUCUUACGUGGUUCCAUUCAUUCCAAUAGAAAGCGCCCAAAGGAAUAAAUGCAGAUCAGUUCCUUGUGUUAAAAAUGAACAGAUAAGGUCUUUGUAUAUGUGAAGUUUUCGUGUCGGCAACGGAUUGUUUUAUGAGGUUGUUACUCUGUGGUAUCAUAUGAUUAGAAUUGGAAUGUUCUAAUUUGUAUUACUUGUGCUGAUACUUGUACAUUUUCAUUUGGAUGCUAGGGAGCAUUUGGAAGUUAAAUUGCACUAAUUUUCUAUUGAGCAAACAUCUAUCCAGAAAGUCUGACAUAAGAGAACCCUUGCAAAGGAUCUGAGCCAUUAUCUAGUAUAAUCAUAAAAAUUUGAGGUGGAUGUUUU